CGCGGAAAAAAAAAAAAGCGGUAAAUUACAGUCCGUCUCCUCUUCACCGAAGGACAUGCCCGUAUUCCCUAACGCAUGGACUCCAUAAUCUCCUCGGCGCUCGAAGAAAUCUGCUCCCAUGGCGACGCCGGCGUCUCUCUUCGCGCUCUCUGGUCCACUAUCAAGCCCUCACUCGCCGCCUCCAGCCUCGACCUCUCCCCGGGCGUGAAGCAAGCCCUGUGGACUGGCCUACUUGGCGUUCCCGCGCUCCGGUUCCAUGGUCAAAGCGCCACUUUCGUCGCCUCCGAUAAUUCCGUGCAGUCCUUCGAAGCCGCCGAGAAUCUGAACGUCAAGCUCGUCGCCGAAGAGCGUCUCAGGGACAACUUUCUUGGCCUCUACAACGCCCCCCCCGCCAAUGCCGCCAUUCCUUUGCCCCAGCGGCGCGCUCUCCAGCGCCUCGCUGUUGCUCGAAAAUAUGGAAUUACACAAAACCAUCUAGCCAAAGAGUUUGGUAUUGAAGGAAAAAACUUGUUCUAUAUAUUGAGGAACCUUGAAUGUCAGGGGUUAAUUGUGAGGCAAUCUGCGGUUGUGAAGACGAAAGAUGCCUGUGAAGAAGGGGAAUCAAGAAAUAGUGCGAGUGUGACAACCAAUUUAGUGUACUUAUCUCGCUAUGCAAAGCAUUUGGGCUCUCAACAAAAAUUUGAGAUCACCAAGGAAGAACAAUCUACUGAGAGUCUCGGUAAUGUAAAGGGACGUGCUGUAAGUGGAGAUUGUUUGGGAGGCAAAAAAAUAAAAGAGGAUGUGCUGGUGAAGGAUUAUCUUCCAGCCAUGAAGGCAGUCUGUAAUAAACUUGAAAAUGCAAAGGGCAAGGUUCUAGUCAUUUCGGAUAUUAAAAAAGAUUUGGGUUAUAUUGGAUCUUCUUCUGGACAUAGAGAAUGGAGACAGGUUUUGUCCAGAUUGAAAGAUGCCCAUAUUGUGGAGGAGUUUGUCGCUGAAGUGAAUGAGAAGGUUUCCCUAAAGAAAAAAAAAGUGAAUGAGAAGGUUGAAUAUUGCCUGCGUCUAUUAAAGACUUUUUCUCCCCAGGCUUUUGGAUGUGUAGAUGAUAUUGGUGACGAACAGAUAAAGUUUGGAAGGAAAUGUCGUUCCAGUGAUCAGCUUAUGGAACUCCCCAUUGAGCAUCAGAUAUAUGACAUGAUUGAUGUUGCUGGUUCUGAGGGCUUGACUGUGAUGGAGAUUUGCAAGAGACUUGGGAUUGACAAUAAGAAGAACCAUAACCGGCUUGUCAGUAUGUUCUCCAGGUUUGGAAUGGAUCUGCAGGCAGAAAACCACAAGAAAUGUGUGGCAUAUCGAGUUUGGACGCCUGGGCGACGCAAUCCUGAAUCAGCUAAUGCAUUUUCUAAUAAACCAAACGUAGCCAAUGAUGAUAGAAUUUCCACCGGGAUUUUUGAUAAGCUAGAUGCUCUUGACAGGCCGUCUAAUAACUAUCCAGAGUCUGAUCCUUCAAAUUUGACUGGUGGUAUUGAUACUCCCAAAAAGAUGAAAAGUAGCGAAACUAAUACUGAGAUUUCAAGUGGAUCCUCUAAGGAUACUGAGGCCAACCUUUUAAGUAACAAUUCACAAGUGACGCUCCUUGAAUCGAGAGAUGAGGGUGGACUUGACAUAGUGAGUGCGGAAAUGGGAAGGAACAUUGUUCUAUUGGAGACACCACCAGUUGCAUUGAAGCCUUUUAGUUCUGGAUCACAUCGGAGGCAUCCAUCUUUGACUGUGGACAGUAUGAGAAGGGAGAAAAAGUUACUUGAACGGUUGCAGAAUGAGAAGUUCAUCUUGAUACCAGAGCUACAUAAGUGGCUAGUGAGUGUUGAGAAAGACAAAUCCACCACUACAGACAGGAAAACUAUUUUUCGGCUUCUAAACAAACUUCAGCAGCAACAGCUCUGCAAAUGCAUGCAAAUCAAUGUUCCUGGUGUCACAAAUUAUGGUGGUAGCCGAAUGUUUCAUGUGGUUCUACACCCAUCUGAAAGCUUAUCUCCUGAACUAGUUUCUGAAAUUUAUGACCGACUUAGGUCUUUUGAGAUCCAAAGUCGCGGGCAGUGCUCGUCUCGGUCAAAGAACAAUGACUCAGUUCCUGUACUGAAAGGUGUUGAGAGAACUAAGAUUCAUGUCAAGUCCGAUGUCCAAGCCAUUAGAUCAGAAGCCAUGCGUGCUAACGGUUUUAUCUUGGCAAAAAUGAUUCGUGCAAAGCUGCUACAUGGUUUCUUGUGGGAGAACCUUUAUGGUUCUGAAGGUUCUAAUGGCGCUUCAUCAUCUAAAAAAGUCGUGUUCGAGCUGAGCAAUCCUCACAGCAGUAGCAAAUUGUUCUCUCUGGAGGCAGCAAUUAAGGCCAUUCCCAUUGAGCUGUUCUUACAAGUUGUUGGAUCUACUCAAAAGUUUAGUGAUAUGAUUGAGAAGUGCAAGAGAGGAUUGUGUCUCUCUGAUCUUUCGGUUCAAGAGUACAAGUCUUUGAUGGAUGCUCAUGCAACUGGAAGGCUCUCAAUGCUUGUUGACAUUUUGCGACGGUUAAAGUUGCUUCGGAUGGUAAGUGGUGAGUGUGCAAAAGAUGGAUCCCAACUUUUGCAAGCAACCUUUACACAUGCAAUGGAGCUAAAGCCUUAUAUUGAGGAACCAAUUUCGAAAGCUGCAAUCUCUUUGAGUUUUAGACUUCUUGAUCUCCGCCCACGAAUUAGACAUGAUUUUGUCCUCUCGAAUAGAAAAGCUGUUGAUGAGUAUUGGCAAACUUUAGAAUAUUGUUAUGCAGCUGCUGAUCCAAGAGCAGCUUUACACGCGUUCCCUGGAUCUGCUGUUCAUGAAGUAUUUCUUUUCCGGUCAUGGGCUUCUGUUCGAGUUAUGACGGCUGAUCAGCGGGCUGAGCUCUCGAAGCGUGUGAUGAAGGACGAUCAAAGUGGAAAACUUUCAUUUAAGGAUUGCGGCAAGAUCGCAAAGGAUCUCAAUUUGUCUUUAGAACAGGUGCUUCGCGUCUAUUAUGAUAAGCGCCAAUCACGUCUUAAUAAAUUUCCUAGUGAAAGGGAUGACUUCCAAACAUUAAGGAGUAACCGUAUUUCAUCUUUACGGAUAAGGGAAAGAUCUCCUGAAAUGAGGUCAGUGAAGUUCAGAAAAGUUGAUGAGGUAACUGGACAGUUGGGCAAGCAGAGUUGUGGCACAUCACCAGAUACCAAGGACUCAUUCAUGGAAGGAGAACUUUUAGUCCCUCCAGAAAAGCAUGAGAUGGAUUUGCAAGCGUUUCAGGAGGAUGAUCAUCUAGAAAAUGGCGGGAAUGCUGAACCAAAUGAAGAUGAUGAGGAUUGUUAUUCUGCUUUUUCGAGGAUGAAGCCAGCACGUCAAAGAAGGUUUUCAUGGACAGAGGAAGCUGAUAGGCAAAUGGUGAUCCAAUAUUCUAGAUAUCGUGCUGCACUUGGGGCGAAAUAUCACCGCACCGAUUGGGCUUCAAUUCCCAACCUUCCAGCACCUCGAAGUCCCUGCAAGAAAAGAAUGGCAUUACUAAAUAAGAAUGUAAGAUUCAGAGAAGCUUUAAUGAGGCUUUGUAACAUUCUCAGUGCACGAUAUGUAAAGUUCCUCGAGAAGAUGGAGAACAAGCUGCUUGAAAAAGAUGAUUGCAAAUCGGGUGAAGGUAUUGAUACAAAUUCUGAUGAUAGCGGCAAACAUACUAGAGAGACAUGUUCUGAGGAGGGGCCAUGGGAUGAUUUUGAUAAUGAUAGCAUUAAAGUCGCCCUUGAUGAGGUUCUCCGGUGCAAAUGGAUGGCUAAACUGGAUGCAUCAAAAAGAGUAGGGUCUACCUAUGAGGAGUGGUCUGAUCUAAAUAUUGAUGCUGAGAAACACGAUUCUGAAUUAGCUGCAACAAUUUCUAGUUCUGGCGAUGUUCAAAACCUUGAUGGAAAACAACAGAAACUUCCCAUACGUAGAUCACGGGCUCAACGCCUUCAUAAAAAGUUCAUUAAUCUUUUGAAUGAAGAAGUUAAAGUCAGCAGGAAAGUGUAUAAUUCAGUGGCUAUUUCUAAUGCUGUAGAGCUGUUUAAGCUUAUUUUCCUAAGUACCUCUACUUCACCAGCAGUGUCCAAUAGGUUAGCAGAAAUUCUACGGCACUACUCAGAGCAUGAUCUUUUUGCAGCUUUUAACUUCCUUAGAGAGAGGAAAUUUAUGGUUGGUGGUAGUGGUAAUCAACCCUUUUCACUUUCACAACAGUUCAUGCAUAAUGUUUCUAAGUCACCAUUUCCGACUAAUUCAGGAAACAGAGCUGCUAAAUGUGCUAAUUGGCUCCAUGAAAGUGAAAAUGAUCUUACAGGAGGAGGGCUUGAUCUCAGUGAUGAUUUACAGUGUGGGGAUAUUUUUCAUUUGUUCGCUUUAGUUUCCUUAGAUCAGUUAUCUCUCUCUCCAUGUUUGCCAGAUGAAGGUGUUGGAGAGGCUGAGGAUACGAGAGGCUUGAAGAGAAAAAUCGAUACUAACGAGUACCCUGAUAGUGAUAAGGGUAAGAAACUGAAAUCCUUGGUUGCAGCAGAAGGUGAAAUAAUUUCUCGCCGAGAAAAAGGUUUUCCAGGUAUAGUGGUAUCCAUAAACCGGACGGGACUUUCUACAGCUGAAGCUGUUGAUUUGUUCAGAGAUACUUGUAUUGAUGAACUUGACGGAAAGGAUACAAGUGACACUACUUCAGGUCCCGAUAAAUUCCCUCAUUUGGACCACAUAAAGGAAAUGCAAGAUUCAGGCUGCAAUAUCUCUACAGUAGAGAACAGUAGUGAGUCACCUUGGAUAGCUAUGUCAACUUAUGCUGCAUCUUUGCUGCCAAUACAUUCUGAUCAAGAAAAACCUAGUCCUAUCGAUCCUGAGAUUUUUAGGGCUGUUUAUGCUGCCAUUCCGAAGGCUGGUGACCAAGGUUUGAGCAUGGAAGAAGUUUCUCAAGUCAUAAAUAUUCCAGGUGAAAAGAUGUCCAGACUAAUAAUUUCUGUGCUCCAAACAUUUGGACGAGCUUUAAAGGUUAAUACUUUCAACUCUGUGCAUGUUGUUGAUGCUCUGUAUCGUUCCAAGUAUUUCCUGACAUCAGCUGCAGAUACAUGUCAAGUUCUCAAAGCACCUUCUUGGGUGGAGACCAUACAGGAUGAUGUCAGCCGCUUAGUCCUCCAUGAUUCUGGUGGUGCUUAUACACGAGGCGAAAUCAACGUGAAUGCUGAUGAUGUGCACAAAGUGUCUCUCCUUAAUUUUCCUGAAGAAGUUACCGAGUCCUUCAAUGAAAAUCAAACUAGCAAUGUGCAUGGAGGCUGUAUGCAGGGAGAACUUGUUUUAACUGGAGGGGCUAAAGCAGAUCAAUCUGUAUUUUCUUCUGGUGAAUUAUGUCUGCCAAUAUUGCCAUGGAUAAAUGGAGAUGGCAGAAUUAAUAAGGCCAUUUACAAAGGACUAAGAAGACGUGUGCUUGGAAUAGUGAUGCAAAAUCCAGGGAUUUUGGAGGAGGAAAUUAUCAAUCAGAUGGACGUGUUGAACCCUCAGAGCUGUAGAAAAUUGUUGGAGAUGAUGAUUUUGGAUAAACACCUUGUUGUGAAGAAGAUGCAUCAAACUAUGUCCAACUCGCCUCCGGCCAUUCUCGCGACCUUCUUCAGAAGCAGCUUUAGCAAACCAAAGUUGGUCUGUCGGGAGCAUUUUUUUGCAAAUCCUCUGAGUACGUCUUUACUAUAAGGAAGCUAUUCUUGAUUUUGGGAACAUAGAAAAAAGCUAUUAACAUAGCUUUGUUGUGUAGAAGAAAAGAACUUUUGGGGCUAAAUACAUAAUUAUCUCAAAAGAGGGGGAAUUUUUUUUUCAGAUUCAAGAUUUUCAUCAAACAAACCAGUUUUCCCGCAAGUGGAUUGUCUUCUUCU